GAAAGCACAGCCCCACUGCACUUUGCAUGCCUGUCUCUCUUUGAUCACAUCACACACUGUUUUUUGUGUGGGAGAGGAAAAGAAAUUGCACAGGCAAAAAAACAAGAUAAUAAAUGAAGAAAAGCAUAAUCAAACACUCACUCUGGUGAAGUUACAAAAACAACCCAUAGGGCUCUUGGAUUCAUAAAGUAAAGCGAUUGGGUUUUCAGAUAGCUCUCCCAGAUUUCUCAUUUGUUGGUUAGUCUUUGUGCUUUUUCUUUGGAUUCAUGAAAUUCCAGUAAAAUGGGUAGAUUAAAUUCCUAGGACUUGGAUUUUGAGCUAGUUGUAUUAAAUUUCAAGAAUUAUGUUUUCUAUUUACCCUUCCCUUGUACAAAUUAUGGUAUAUGGGAUUUCUGAUUUUUGAAGAUCUGCGCUAGUGUUUAUAAAGAUUGGUUUUUUCUUUUCUUUUCUUCAAGUGUUUGCGGAGAGAUUCAACUGUAAUGGAAUUUAGUCCAGUACCUUAUGUUGGCUUCUGGGAUCUGAAUUUCAAUCUGAUAAGUAUUUUGUUCUCCGUAGAUCUUUCAGUCAAUUGCUAAGUUUCUGUAGAUUGCCGAUGUUCAAAUUCAAAAUUAGACCUUUGUCUUCCUUAUCUUAAUCGAGGACAGUGAAGUUGUUUAAUUUGGAUAGAAGUAAAUAUUUGUUGGAUUCUUAGGGUCCACAUUCUUGUUUUCAUUGUAAGUGCCAUAAAUUGACUUAAGGGGUUUGAAUUCUGCUGAAAAUGGCCGAAAUUAGGCUUACAAGAGUAGAGCAGGGUCAAACUAAGAUUAGAAAUGUUCCUAUUGCUGUGACCCCAGAGGGGUUCUGGUGUUGUCCCUCUCCUAUUGUCUUCCAAAAAUCACUCAAGACGCAGAAUCCUCUAAACAAGCCAAAAUCAUCUCCUCCUAAUUCUAGUACUUCAGUUCAGAAAAAGCAAACCUCGGAAAAUGAGAAAAAACCAGGAACAACGAAAUCGAGGACAGGUCUUGUUACCGACGAGCAACGAAGUUGGAGUUCAGAUGCUCCUGUUCUUAAUGCUUCACGGGUGAGUGAGAAGACGCCUCGGCCGAAAAUUGAAAAUGUGCCAAGGAAGGUAUCAAUUGAGUUUGGUGAAUCUGGAACCAGUGAUCUGAAAGUAAUUUUGCUGGGAAAGCAGGGCUUUGCUGUGAAACUGAGUGUUCACAGGAGUAUACUAAUGGAAAAUAGCAGUUAUUUUGCCCACAAGAUAUCAGAACAGCAGCCUAUUUUUCCCUGCCUUGAAAUUGACGAAUGUGACGAUGUUGAGAUAUAUGUUGAAACUGUCGGACUAAUGUACUGCAGAGAACUGAGGCAGCGGUUGAUUAAGCAAAGCGUUGCACGUGUUCUGCGUAUAUUGAAGGUUGCAGAGCAACUUGGUUUCCCAUCAUGCAUACAAUCAUGUUUGGAGUACUUGGAAGCAGUCCCUUGGGUAGGGGAAGAAGAAGAAGAGAAUGUGGUUUCUUCAGUGUUGCGUCUCCAAGAUGAGGGCAUUGGAGUCACACCGGUAUUGAAACGAGUAUCUUCUGAUAUUUCAAAGCCACCUAAGGAUACUCUCUCUCAUAUAUUGGAGCUAGUUCUCAAGAGCAAUGAGGAGAGAGGGCGCCGUGAAACAAAAUCCAUUGUGCUGAAACUUCUCAGGGAAAAUAACAGUCUUCCGAGCUCUUCUGGAUCGUCCUACUUAUGCCAUGAUACAUUGUAUACCUCAUGCAGAAGCUGCCUAGAUUCGCUGUUGUCUCUAUUCAAACAAUCUGCUGAACCCGAUUUUACCAACAAACCAGUUGAUUACAGAGAACCGCUGGUGAAGUCAAUGGCUAUAGAGGCUGAUAACCUCACAUGGUUGCUCGAGAUUUUAGCCAACUGGAAAGCAGCCGAUGAAUUUGCAGUAAUGUGGGCUAGACAGCAAGAAUUAGCUUCACUUCAUUCCAAACUUCCAAUCAUGUUGCGCCACCAUGUAAGCAUGAUUACAGCGAGGCUGCUUGUUGGAAUAGGAAGAGGGGAGCUUCUUCCAUCUAAGGAUACUCGUCACUUACUGUUGCAAACCUGGCUACAGCCAUUGUUCAAUGACUAUAACUGGUUACAGCAUGGAAGCCGGUCAUUUGACAGGAAGGUUGUCGAGGAAGGAAUUGGCAGGACAAUCCUUACGCUGCCUUUGGAGGACCAGCAAAGUAUUUUGCUUUCUUGGUUAGAAAGUUUUUUGAAGGCUGGGGAUAACUGUCCUAAUCUUCAGAGAGCUUUCGAGGUCUGGUGGAGGAGGACAUUCAUCAGACCAUAUGCAGAAUCAGGAUAUCACCAGCAGCCAGAACAGUAGAACGGCUAAUUCCAACGUGGAACUGUUGAUGAUAUUUCGAAUGUUUACUGAAAGCCUAAAGAUCUUUCUUGAACCAAUUAAACUUUGAAAGGAGGGGAAAGCCUUGUUAGAAGUCAAUGAGCAUACAUUCUGGAGACAGGGAGAAGCCUUUAAUCUGCUCGAGCAUUAACAGAAAUAGUGAAAUGUUUCUGUUCAUCAGAUUAUGACACACUCUUUAAACUUUCCUUUGGAUUGAUAAAUGUAAAUUAUUUGCUUAAUAUAUUUGAAAUUUGUGACAGUUACGACUGUCCCAAGUUCUGAUUUUUGUGUGGUGGAACUUAGUUUGAUACCGUAAUAGUUAAUCCGAUGUAAGGAAUAUUCUGUAAUGCAAUGACAAAGUUUGAGUUCCCAAACCUUUUUAAA